CCACAAUGUGCCAGUAAUGGAAUAAUUCAUCCUUCCCAUCAGGCAACUGGCGUAAGCAUCAAGCAUCAUGGCGCUCAUCUGCUCAAUUUCCAACGAAGUUCCGGAGCACCCUGUGGUGUCGCCCAUCUCUGGGCACGUGUUUGAGCGCCGACUGAUCGAGAAGUUUGUCUCGGAGAAUGGCACAGACCCCAUGAACGGUGAACCACUCAGUGUGGAGCAACUGGUCGAGAUAAAAGUACAACCCACGGUGAAGCCACGCCCCCCGUCGGCCACCAGUAUCCCUGCCAUACUGAAGGCCCUACAGGACGAGUGGGACGCCUGCAUGCUGCACAGUUUCACCCUCAGGCAGCAGCUACAGACAACUCGCCAAGAGUUGUCCCACGCGCUGUACCAACAUGACGCGGCGUGUCGUGUGAUCGCACGUCUGACUAAGGAGGUGACGGCGGCGCGUGAGGCCCUGGCCACCCUGAAGCCCCAGGCCGGCAUCGCGGUGCCCGCCCCGUCAGUCCCUGCCGUGGCCCAGCCUGCAGCUGCUGCAGAGCCCAUGGAGAUGGCUGCAGAGCCAGGCGAGGAGGGCAUGACUGAGGAGAUCAUACAGAAGCUCCAAGACAAGGCAGCAGUCCUGACUGCAGAGCGUAAGAAACGUGGUAAGAAGGUACCAGAAGAGCUGAUGCCAGCAGAGAGCUUGUCCAACUUUAAACAGCAGGCAUCUCACCCGGGUCUGCACAGUGCCAGUAUCCCCGGGAUUCUGUCCAUGGAUAUUCACACUGCAGACACAUCCAAGAUUCUCACAGGUGGCGCUGACAAAAAUGCAGUUGUGUUUGACAAGGAGAGUGAACAGGUGGUCUGCAUCCUCAAGGGUCACCGACAGAAGGUCAACAAUGUGCUGUACCAUCCUUCAGAGAACCUGGUGUUCACAGCAUCACCCGACUCUACCAUCCGAGUGUGGGGGGUGCCUAGUGGGCAGUGCAGUAACAUCAUCCAGGCACAUGAGGGCGCUGUGACCGGCAUCUCACUCCAUGCCACCGGAGACUUCCUGCUGUCUGCCUCAGAGGACCAGUUCUGGGCGUUCUCUGAUGUGAGGACAGGGCGUGUGCUGACUAAGGUCACAGACGAGUCCAGUAAGACAUCGCUGACUUGUGCCCAGUUCCACCCUGACGGCCUGAUCUUCGGCACGGGGACAGACGACAGUCAGGUCAAGAUCUGGGACCUGAAGGAGAGAACCAACGUCGCCAAUUUCCCAGGACACUCUGGUCCCAUCACGGCCAUUGCGUUCUCAGAGAACGGCUACUACCUGGCCACAGCUGCUGAUGACUCCAUGGUGAAGCUCUGGGAUCUCAGGAAACUCAAGAACUUCAAAACUAUUGCCCUGGACGAGCGCUACGAGGACAGAUAUGAGAUCAAGUCUCUGUGUUUUGACCAGAGCGGUACUUACCUGGCUGUGGCAGGCAGCGAUAUCAGGGUGUACCUGUGUAAACAGUGGCAGGAGCUGGUGGUGAUGAAGGAACACACGGCCCCCGUCACCUCCAUCAAGUUUGGCAACCACGCCUCCUUCCUGGCCUCCACCAGCAUGGACCGCUCACUCAAGAUCUACGGCCUAUAGAACACAACUACUCUAACCACCACUCAAAUCCAGGUUGUAGUCAUGUUAACAUGGGAUGUCUGCAUCUUCUAUCCUGGCUUGUUGAUCCUUAAAGCAUCCAAUGCAAUUUCAGAGUGGCAAAACAAAAAAAUAUUCUGGAUAAGGAAAUUUAUUUGAUAUUCACAUUUACUGAACAUUUUUCGUCAUCAUUUUAUACUUGAAGCGUUUGAAAUACUGCAUGUAGUAGCCCAGGAAAAAGCUACGUAAGGCCACAGCAAGUAAUUUUUAUGGAUGACAUCAGCCCGCGCAUCAAUUUUCGCCUGAUUUUGAAAAAAAAAACAAGAAAUUUU